AUGGGUCGGAAGAAGAAGGAGGUGAAUGAUGGGAAGCAGACGCUGAAGCAAGCAAAGGCAGCAUUCAAGGCCCGAGGCUCGACCUUCGUCAGCGAUACCGAGAAGCGUCAACUCGAACGCGGCGCCAUCUUGUUGCAGCGUGCAGAGCGCAUCAAGGACUCGGAAACGCGUCGCAAAGAAGUGCAGAAGAAGAAGUCAAUCCAAGACACCAAACCCACAAAGUCCUGCCUUCUGGGAACCCAACGCGUCAACGACAAGUUUGGCUAUGCGAGGAGUCAAUUCCAUCUCGGCGCCUUCUUGAAGCCCAAAGCUCCUGGUCCCGCCCCUUUGCCGGCUCAAGAAGAGAGAACAUCGCAAGAGCCCUGGGAGCAUGACGGCGUAGACGAUGACACUCUACUCGAUCUCGCCGGCGAAUCACCAGUCACAACCUUGAAAGGACCAUCUGCACAGACACCAUCACGGGCGACUCCUACUAAGGGUCCUGCCAAUGUGGAGCUUCUAUCUCCCUCGACGACCGACGACUUCGGAAGCUGGGAUGAUUUUCUCGAACGCAGCUCGCAGUUAGCACGAGACCUCUCUGUUGACCAGAAGCCAACACCUCCAACAACGCGCUCUUUCGACCGCAUAUCGUCCUUUACGUCCGCCGACUUUGACCUCUCGGUGGACGAUCUUGAAGAGUUGGAUUGGGCAGUCGAGAACAUAGCUUCACAGAAUAAUUCAUCCGUGUCGAGAGUGCCUGAAACCCCUUGCAAGAGCGAGGCAAGGUAUACAAAAUCUACUGGGAAGCAGGUUGGUACAGAGAAGGACAUGGACAGGAAGCUGAUGCCUCCACCAAUGAUUCCUGCAAAGCGUCCUGCACCUUCUAGUCGCCUUGGAUGUCAAGCGCGACCCACGCCACCAAAGUUUGCCCAUGGAAUCAGUAUUGCCGAUCUCGAGUGUUUGGCGGGUGAAGACAUUCAGUUGAGCCAGUUCGGAGACGUUUGA